AUGCGCAAGACUCUCUACAACGUGCUGAUCCUCGGCUUCGGGAACCCGAUGGAUGCCUCGGUCCUGAUGUAUGAUCGACAAGAUGCUGGCGGAAAAAUGUAUCCCCUUGGAGGUAUCUACACAGUCAUCAAGACCAAGGCCCCGAUAAACUGCCACAAGUAUGGUGAUCAAUACUGUCUCUUGGGCCCCUUGGCUUACAAGUCGGCCCCAAUGGAAGUAGAAGCCAUCAAACCUGACACGCCCGAGAUGAGAGACUCGCUCCAGUCAAUGAAGGAUCGUGGGGUCAAGUAUCUCUACAGAUGUUGGUUGAUUGAAGGCAGUCCCAAAGUCUUGCUCUUUGACACCGGCUCCAUGAUGUCUUGCUUGGACAAAUGGAAGAACAACUUGUGGAACCUGGCCGGGAUCCCGGCACCCCCAAACAAUAGCGAAACUAACGAUACGAUUGUCUUUGGCUACUUGGUGGCCUGUUUUUUGGGCGAAUUUGCCUCCCGCAAAACUUCCAAGGCAAUCAUCGGACACUUCCACAAGUGGCUUGCUGGCCUUGCUAUCCCUCUCUGCCGCAAGCGUCAAAUCAACAUCACCACGAUUUUUACCACUCACACCACACUUCUAGGCUGUUACCUGUGUGCCGGAUCAGUCGAUUUUUACAAUAACAUUCAGUAUUUUGACGACAAUCACAAAGCCGGCAAAAGAGGGAUCUAUCACAGAUAUUGUGUCAAGUGGGCAUCAACGCACUGUGCCAAUGAAUUUCCCAGAAGGCCGGCGGUCAGGACAGCACUGAGUGCCAAAUAA